AUGCCAACAGUGGCUGCAUAUGACGGCACGGGGAACCCUAGGGAGCAUAUCUUGAACUAUAAGACAUUCAUGGAGUUGCAGACCCACUCAGAUGCUCUGAUGUGCAAAGUUUUUCCCACCACUCUUACAGGGCCAAUCCAAGCAUGGUUUAAUAGCCUAGAAGGAGGGAGCAUUAAAAGUUUUCUAGACUUGGCCAACGUAUUUAUCAGUAGGUUCAUAGCCGGGAUCCCAGCCGAGAGGAAAACAAGUUACCUAGAAACAGUUCGGCAGAGGAGGAUCGAGUCGCUGAGGGAGUAUGUGGCCAGGUUUAACUCGGAGGCUCUACAAAUCCUUGAGCUUGAUGAAGCCAGAGUGGUGGAAUCCAUGCAGAAGGGUACCACCGCCUUAGAGUUUUUCGGAUCAUUGUGCAAAAAGCCACCCACCACCUUGGCAGAAUUGAUGAAGAGAGCAGAAAAAUAUAUAAGGCAAGACGACACCUUAACCACUAGCAAGUUUGCCAAGGAAGCUAUAGACAGAGGAAAAACUGGAGAAGAUAAGCGACCAAAGAGGCAGGAAAGAAAGCAGGAUCGGGGAGUGGAAACGCUGAACCGACAUUGGUGGGAGAGAAAAGAGCAGAGACCCUAUCAACCCCGGCUUCCCGAAGUAAUCGCUCUCCUGAAUGCGUCCAGAGCUGAAGUGCUCAUGGCAGUCCAAGAUAACGACUUCAUAUAG